AUGGAGGUCCUGAUCAAGACCCUCGAGACCGACGAUGCAACCGCUGGUGCUAUGGACAGCUGCCUUUGCAUGACGCUCCGCUUCGGAAUCGCCGCCCUGGCUUUGGGUGCCUUCAUCUUCAUGGGCCGGUUCAUGGGCGGCGAGGCGAAGGACACCGCGCCCGUCGAAGCAAAACCUGCAGGCCAGGAGUCAAUGAGCAACUGUGUGCUGGUCUGUGGGGCGGAGCUGUCCGUGUGGCUCUUCAUGGGCUUCAUGCUGCAGGCAGUGGGCCUGCAAUACACAACGGCCUCUUCUGGCGCAUUGCUAGGCAGCCUCACAAUCGUCCUGGUGCCCUUGCUGAGUCUGUUGGACGGCCGCCGGAUCAACAAGCUGACUUGGGGUUCUGUGGGCCUUGCCGCCGCCGGCACUGCUCUCUUUGUGGGCCCGAACGCUUUGGCCGGCGCGUGCUGCAGCCUCGGCGACGUCAUGGAGCUGGGCAGCGCCGCGCUCUUCGCAGUGCAGAUGUGGAGGUGUGAGAAGCUGAUCCGUCAGUUUCCCGAGAAUCAGGUGGCUGCGCUGACCUGCUUGCAGCUAGCUUUCGUCUCAGGUCUCUCCUUCCUCUGCGUCCUGGCGCAGGGCUCCAGCCUCCCCUCCGUAGUGGAGACGGUGUCGGCAUUUCCUCCAGGCGAGUGGCUCCAAGUGGUCAUCAUGGGACUCGUGACGACAGCCUUCUGCCUUUGGGCCGAGGCACGGGCCCUUCGCGACGUGGAUGCUCCGAUUGCGGCGUUGAUCUACGCCUGUGAGCCCAUCUGGGGUGCCGUCUUCGCCUAUCUAUGGCGAGGGGAGAUGCCUGACGGUCCUUGCGCCCUAUGCGGCGCUGCACUUUUGCUGGGGGCGUCCAUGGCAGGUGUCUACGCCUCCUCUGAGCGCGAGGAAGACAGCAGCAGGCCGGGCCCGAAACGGAAAAGUUUGGAGGAGCGGCAGCGCCGUCGUCUACUGAGAGCCUUUUUGUUGGGCGACGGCGACGCGCUGCUGGGAGGGGGGGGCAGCGGACGAGCGCCAGACUUUCCGAAACCCAAGGAUGAGGGCAUCUUGAUAGGUCGCACUGGUGCCCAGGAGCACAAAGCUUCCCAAGCGGGGGGCGAGGCGAAUGUUGGCGCAUCGCAGCGGAAUUUUGACAGCGCUGCUGCCAGCCUUGACCAGGCCAAAGCUCUGCCUCCUCCCCCGCUCCCCGGUGUUGCCCUUUGCGCAACCAUGAGUUCGCAGCAUGACAUUGGUUCCCAGGCGACUCGAUGGCAGCACGACGAGGACAGUAAAUACAUCAGAGGCAUGUUCACCCUGCGUGAACGAUGGUCAUCCGUCGUGUUCACUUUGGCAAUAUGCGUUCACUUCAGCACGAACGACCGCCCAGGCAAUCACCACGCCGAAAGGUACGCAUCUGCCUACGGUGCAGCGAAGGCUGACCUGGUGGAUUCUCUGGUGAACGAGAUGUUCGUGGAGAUCCCCAUUGUAGUCACCGCGUCGCCCUUGGCGGAGUGCUUCUUGCUGGACUGGUCCAUCACCAACCCGCUGGCGACAACUUCGCAGGUCGAGACGCUGGACGUGGAGAACCAGGCCUUCUUCGAGAAGAACGUGCAGCUUCUUAGCUCUUCCCUCGCCAACCUGGCCGAGGAACAGACGAAAAUGGCCAUGUACGAGAGGAAUGCUGGUCGGAAGGGUGAUGACAAGGGCAAGGGCAAGGGCUACCGAAACCCGCAGCCGCAGCCCUUGGACACCAUGGUCCUCAGCAAGCAGAUUCAGAACUACUGCAAGGCCAUUAACAACUAUGCCGGCGAUGCCUUCAGCAAGGUCUACCUCGUCUCCAACAAGCCGAAAGCGGCCAGUUGA